AUGGCUGAAACACUGAAGCCACUCUUGCUUGUAUGCAGCAAUCCCGUGUCAGGACAUUUCGCACCAUGCAAGAUUAUAGCCAAAGUUCUCAUAGAGAGAGGUUACGAAGUAACCAUUCUAACCGGUUCACAAUUUGGUGCAGGGAUUGAAGCAAUCGGCGCCACAUUCAUUGCUCUUGAAGGCUAUUCAAAUUUCGACGAUUCUCCCAGCGGGAUGGCGGAGAAAUGGCCAGUUCGAGAGACUCUCCAGGGACCAGCACAAAUGCUUUUCGAUAUGGAACAUAUGUUUCUUAAUCCUAUGCCCUCACAAUUCCAAUCCGUCCAAAAAGCUCUGAAGCUCAUGACGGAUAAAGAUCCAGGAAGGCCAAUUAUCAUCAUUCAGGAUAUUAUCUUCACCGGUGUCUUUCCACUAUUGAUGGGAGCACCAGGUAUCAAGCCCACAGCAGUUAUCUCCCUGGGAAUCACACCAAUCGUACUAUCAAGUCCAGAUGUUCCACCCAUGGGAUCAGGGCUUUUCCCAGAUAGCUCUCCUGAAGGACGCGAGCGUAAUCAAGCUAUGCAUGCUCACAUGCAAAACGGACCAUUCCUCCACAUCACCCAGCUUUUCCACCACCAGUUCGAAGUUUGCGGCGCCAAAAAUCCAGGUUUGUUUUUCCUGGAUGCGCCAUAUCUUCUUCCUGAUAGAGUCAUUCAACUGUGUACGCGUAGUGUAGAAUACCCUCGGACCGAUCUGCCCAAGACAUUGGUUUUCUCCGGUGGUCUACCAAAGGGCCAUAGAGAUGUGUUUAAUACCACGCAUCCUAGCUGGUGGGAUGAAGUCACUACAAAUGCAUCUGAAAAACGAAUUGUUUUCGUUAGUCAAGGAACCGUGGCGCUCAAUUACGCAGAUUUGAUUAUACCCACCAUCAAAGCAUUUGCAGAUCACGACAAUACUAUUGUUAUUGCCGCACUAGGUGUCAAAGGUGCUUCACUACCAGACUCGGUAACAAUACCCAAAAAUGCUUAUGUAGAAGAUUUCAUUCCUUUCGAUGAUAUACUUCCCUACUGUGAUGUUUUUAUUACGAAUGGAGGAUAUGGAGGAUUCCAACAUGGUUUGAGUAAUGGAGUUCCAAUGGUGAUGGGUGGAGAGACGGAAGAUAAACCAGAAAAUUGUGCGAGAUGUGAAUGGAUUGGUGCUGGUGUGAAUUUGAAGACUGCGAGACCCGAUGCAGAGUUUUUGAGAGGGGAGGUGGAGAAGGUGCUCGCGGAUGAAAAGUACAAGAAGAAAGUUGAGGAAAUCAAGAAGGAGAUGGAGAGUAUGGAUCCAAUUGGCAUCAUUGAGACGCAAAUUAAGGAAUUGGUGAAGGAGAAAAGUGCAUAG